GCAUGUUAGCGUUGCUUUGUUUUGUUGAUGUUAAUGUUUAAUCUGCGCGAGGCAGGGCGAAUUGUACAUCAAAUAAAGGGACCGGAAUCAAAAUUUAUCUGUUUACUUUUCUCGUUUUUCUUAAUUUUACUCUAAUUUAACUACUACUGACAUUGAUUUUUGGUGUUACAGACUUACUUCUCAAUGAUAGCGGAAUCCUCUUCGUCCAACCAAGCCUCUACUGAGGCUCAACAAAUGCUUGACACUUUUUGGCAGAGAGUGACAGAAGACAUUAAAAACUUGAACAAUACCGAUUUCAAGAACCAAGAAUUACCCUUGGCUCGGAUAAAGAAAAUUAUGAAAUUGGAUGAUGAUGUAAAAGUUAUGAUGAUAUCUGCUGAAGCUCCUGUCCUUUUUGCCAAAGCAGCGGAAAUUUUUAUUACUGAACUUUCUCUUCGUGCCUGGAUUCAUACAGAAGAAAAUAAAAGAAGAACCUUACAACGAAAUGACAUUGCCAUGGCCAUAACUAAAUAUGAUCAAUUUGAUUUUUUGAUCGACAUUGUACCUAGAGAAGAAUUAAAGCCAAAUACAAAGAGACAGCCAACUGCUGCCGUUGCCACAGGUCCUACAAGUCUUACAAAUCUAACAAACCCUCUUACAGGAGUCGCUGUAAAUACUGAUGGAACUACCGCUGUAAAUCCUGAACAAGUACAAUAUUAUUUUCAACUCGCACAACAACAAGCUGCGUUACAACAAACCGCUCUGCAACAAUCCGCUUUACAACAAACCGCGCUACAACAAACAGCAUUGCAUCAAACCGCUUUACAACAAACUGCUUUACAGCAAACCACAGCUACAAAUCCUACAGGUCAACCAAUAAUAGUACAAGGAGCAGGUCAAGCUGCUGGACAAGCAUUCGCCAUUAACGCGCCUCAACUUGUGCAGCUACAAUUACCUGCUUACAUGCUAUUUAAUAAUCAAUAGUUUUAAUUUAAUUCAGCACAAAACAAUCACAGAAAAACAAUAAGUGUCAACCAUUCCUCACUUUUUUUCAGUUGCCAGCUUGCUAUUUGUAAUAAUUUCUAUUGUUAACUUAUUUCUUUUGCUUGAUUGUGUCCAGUAUCAUCUGAACAAUUUAGUUAGUAAAAAAAUGAAAUGUUUAGUAUAUAAUAGAAAAAUCAAAUAUUUAUUUAACUGUGUUA